UGUAGUUCUUCAGUUCUACUUGAAAAAUGAGUGAAGAACAUAUUGCUGUAACUCGUUUCCGAGAAUACCUUCGUGUUAAUACAGAGCAACCAAAUCCGGAUUAUGCUGCCUGCCGAGAUUUUCUAUUCAAAUACGCGGAUGAGUUGGGAAUUGCGAGGAGGUCUUUCGAGACAGUCCCGGGGGCUAUUUUUGUAAUAAUGACGAUCCCAGGAUCUCAACCAGAAUUACCUUCAAUUAUGUUAUAUUCUCAUACUGAUGUAGUUCCAACAUUCCGUGAGCAUUGGACUCAUGAUCCAUAUUCUGCAUUCAAAGAUGAAGAUGGAAACAUUUUUGCUCGUGGAGCACAAGAUAUGAAAUGUGUUGGAGUACAGCAAAUGGAAGCUUUAAGAAACUUAUUUGCUCAGGGAAUCAGGCAAUGGAAGAGGACAAUUCAUUUGGUUUGGGGUCCCGAUGAAGAAAUAUUUGGAAUUAAUGGAAUGAAAGGAUUUGCGAAAACCGAUGAGUUCAAGAAGCUGAACCUUGGAUUUUCAUUAGAUGAAGGGAUGCCAUCAGAUGAUGAUGUCUACAAAGUUUUCUACGCAGAAAGAGUUGCGUGGUGGGUGAAAGUAACAUUCCCUGGAAACCCUGGUCAUGGAUCACAGUUUAUGGAGAAUACUGCAAUGGAGAAACUCGAGCGGUACCUGGCUAGUGCCAGAAAAUUCCGUGAUGAGCAAAAGGCUCUAUUGGAAAGUAAUCCUGAUUUGACAAUUGGAGAUGUUACAACUUUGAACGUGAAUAUUGUAAAUGGUGGAGUUCAAUUCAAUGUGAUUCCUGAAAAAUUUGAAGCUUUUGUCGACAUAAGAUUGACGCCGUCCAUAGAUUUUAAUGAAAUGCGAAACAAGCUGGAUCAAUGGGUAAAAGAUGCAGGAGAAGGUGUCACUUAUGAAUUUUCAAAGCAUUCCGACUUGAAACUAGUGACUCCACAUACACGAGAUGAUCCAUUUUGGGUUGCAUUUGAAGAUAGUUUGAAACAAGAAAAAUGCAAGUUUACAACUGAAGUACUCAUUGGAUCUACCGAUUCCCGCAUCGUUAGAGAGGCUGGAGUUCGAGCAAUCAAUUUUUCUCCAUUGAUAAACACUCCUCUUCUAGCACAUGCACAUAACGAAUUUUUAAAUGAAAAGGUUUUUCUGAGAGGUAUUGAAAUCUACCAAACGCUGAUCAACAACGUGGCCAAUGUCAACGAAUGAGCGUCUUCUUCAUCACAAUACUCGCAUUUUCUUUUUUUUAAGCUUGUAUGAAUAAAUGUGUGAAAAAGUU